CACACAGAAUAAAUCAAUUCCUAACACAAUUUACAUUUGGCCAUAUGUUGCUAAAGUGACCUUACCUCCUGAUUGCCACGCCAAUGACUGUGCCUUUUGGAGUACUGCUUUGGUUUUUCUUUUCUUACUCUUGCCUUUUAUACUGCAGGCUUAGAGGAGAUGAAUCCAUCCAAAAACUGGAGGAGGAAAACUUACUGCACAGGAAGUUGUUCCUGCCCGCGGACGGCCCCCGCACGACUGGGCGGGGCGGUGCCGGCUGUGUCGCUUCUGAGGUAGAAGACGCGCGCGGAGGGAGCGCCCCUUAGAUCCGCCUGUGUCUGUGACGUCCCUGCCGCUUAGGUUUUACCCUGCAGCAGCCGACCUACAUAAUAAAAGAAAUUUCGAGCCAAAUAUUGGAAGAGAUGUCAGAGGAUUCAGAAAAGGAAGACUAUUCAGACAGAACAAUCAGUGAUGAAGAUGAAUCAGAUGAGGAUACCUUUAUGAAGUUUGUAAAUGAAGACAUCCAUCAGUGUGCACUUUUAACAGCUGACUCUAUUAGUGACCCAUUUUUCCCCGGGACUACACAGAUACUAUUGGAAUAUCAGCUAGGGAGAUGGGUGCCACGUCUUCGUGAACCACGAGAUUUAUAUGGUGUCUCUUCUUCUGGUCCGCUGAGCCCAACACGGUGGCCAUACCACUGUGAGGUCAUUGAUGAAAAAAUCGAACAUAUUGAUUGGACCCCUUUGAAUCCUGAGCCAAUGUACAUCCCCACGGGCCUGGAGAUGGAACCCCUUUAUGCAAACUCCAAGGAAGAAACUGUGGUUUAUCUAGCCGAAGAUGCCUACAAAGAGCCGUGUUUUGUGUAUUCCCGAGUUGGGGGCAACCGGACACCCUUGAAGCAGCCUGUGGAUAACUGUGACGAUACUUUGAUGUUUGAAGCAAGGUUUGAGAGUGGUAAUCUACAGAAGGUAGUCAAAGUGGCAGAAUAUGAAUACCAGCUGACUGUGCGACCUGACCUGUUCACAAAUAAACACACCCAGUGGUACUAUUUCCAAGUCACUAAUACUCAAGCAGGAAUAGUCUACAGAUUCACUAUUAUCAAUUUCACCAAGCCUGCUAGUCUUUAUAAUCGGGGUAUGCGCCCACUGUUUUAUUCUGAGAAAGAGGCCAGCGCUCAUAAUAUUGGCUGGCAGAGAAUAGGAGACCAAAUCAAGUAUUAUAGAAACAACCAGGGGCAAGAUAGGCACCAUCAUUUUUCACUUACAUGGACAUUUCAAUUUCCACACAGUAAAGAUACCUGCUACUUUGCUCACUGCUAUCCGUACACUUACACAAACCUGCAAGAAUACCUGUCUGGCAUCAAUAAUGACCCAGUACGGUCAAAGUUUUGUAAAAUACGUGUCUUGUGCCACACAAUUGCUAGGAACAUGGUGUAUAUUUUAACGAUUACUACCCCCUUGAAGAACAGUGAGUCAAGAAAGCGGAAGGCCGUGAUUCUGACUGCAAGGGUACAUCCCGGAGAAACCAACAGCUCUUGGAUCAUGAAAGGCUUUCUAGAUUAUAUUUUAGGAAACUCAAGUGAUGCAAAGUUGCUUCGGGACACGUUCGUCUUCAAGGUGGUACCCAUGCUGAAUCCAGAUGGUGUGAUUGUAGGAAAUUAUCGUUGUUCCUUAGCUGGACGGGAUUUAAACCGUAACUAUACAUCUCUCCUGAAGGAAUCAUUUCCUUCUGUCUGGUAUACCCGGAACAUGAUCCGGAGAUUGAUGGAGAAACGAGAGGUUAUUUUGUAUUGUGACCUUCAUGGCCAUAGCAAGAAAGAGAACAUAUUCAUGUAUGGCUGUGAUGGUAGUGAUAGAUGUAAAGCAUUAUACUUACAGCAACGAAUCUUUCCACUUAUGCUGAGCAAAAAUUGUCCAGAUAAAUUUUCAUUCUCAUCCUGCAAGUUUAAUAUUCAAAAGAGCAAAGAGGGAACAGGAAGGGUGGUAAUGUGGAAAAUGGGAAUCAGGAACAGCUUCACCAUGGAGGCCACUUUUUGUGGAUCUACUCUGGGUAAUAAAAGAGGCACUCAUUUCAACACGAAAGACUUGGAGUCAAUGGGAUAUCACUUUUGUGAUUCUCUCUUGGACUACUGUGAUCCAGACCGAACCAAGUAUUAUCAGUGCCUGAGAGAAUUAGAAGAAAUGGAGAAGCAUAUAAACUUGGAAAAAGUCAUUGAUGAUUCAGAUACUUCUCUGAAAGAAAUUACAUUGGAUCUAGAGACUAGUAGCCAUGCCUCUGACAGUUCAGAAUCCAAUGACUCUCAGACUGAUCUUCUCAAGUUAAAUUCUCAGAUAAAAACCAAGAAAAUACAACUAAAAACAAAGAAGGAAAGAAACUCUACCAUAGCAAGACAUCAAAACAUCAGAGAAGAAGAGCAAGAGGUUUGUGAUAAAGGACAUUUAGUUCAAAGACACAAAGAAUCAGUUUCUGAUGUGACAGAUACAGGGCCUUCUAUAUCAGAUGACUGUAUAUUUGAUUAUUUCAGAAGACAGCUCCCUAACCAAGCAAAAAUACCUGGACGAGUCCCUGCUUGGCUUCUAAAAAGGUAUGUGAGCUCCCAAACUGUGAUUCAGAAGCUUAGCAGAGACCAACAGAGAUAUGUUUUAGGAACUCACAAGAAAAACCAGGAAACAGUUCAGCCCAGGAACAAUGAUUUAUAUGAAAACUGUGUCAAAGUGACAUCCUUGAAGUGUCCUCUGAACAAACAGACUCGCAUUUGGACUGAGACGACAAGGAUACCAACAGAAGAUCUGCAUCACGAUUUAAAAAGCACUAUGAAAGAAUGUCCAUCUUUCCAAAGCAAGAAGGCUGAUAUAAACUGGACAGAUGAUGAAAAAAGAAUCUACAGGGAUAAAAAAAUAGCUGAAACUCAAGAAAUAUUGCAGUAUUUGCUCCCCAUCAUGCAUAGCACUAAAAAUGUGCAAACCACUCAGAUAACAGAGGUAUUCAACCCAAGAACCAGCUUUCAAAUCCAACAUCAACAAAAGCCAUCUUCUAACACAGACGUAGGGAAAUGCAGCACAUCUUGGACGCCACCCAGAAAUCUCCCUUUGAUAAGCCAGAGGACUCUUACAAGAAGCGCUUCAAAAUGGUUUCAGUCUCUGUCCCAGAAGUCAUCUGAAAGUUCGCUGCCUCUCAGAGGGCCCAAGAGGAGGAAAAAAUAUUCUCGAGUCAAGGCCACAAAGACUAAAGACAUGAAAGCUGCCAGCAGCAAAUGGGAGAUGACUCCCUCAAGUUCUGAGAAGGAUGCAGACAAGAGUCUGCAAGCUGAAGGAUCCAGCCAGCAAGGCUCUAUGCAGACAGCCCCCCAUCCAACUAAAACUAAGGGAGGGCGGCCAAAAAAGAAGCAUGGACAGCCCACUUUUCACCUGAAGUUGCAGAGGGACAUAUAAUCUAGCUUUUUGCUGCUCUGAAAACUGUGGACGAGAGAUAACAUAUGCUAACACAGUAAAAAGAAAAAGAAGACAAAGGAAAGCCCUCCUGGCCCCUCAAUCCCUACCCCCUCCCACCUGUUCAUGUGCAUGUACUAAACUACAAAUUUCAGAUAUCCUAUCUUCUUUAGUGGGGACAUCUUUCAAAGUUAAAAAGAAAUCCAGAAAUAAUAUAGAAAAUGAAAAAUCACUUAGAUAUUUAUAUUUAAUUUUUGUCAAGAUAAAAAAAAAAGUCUGAACUUUUUAUUUCUUCUGAAAUUAUUUAUUCACACAACACCAAAAGACCAAGACCUCAAGGCAAGGAUGACAUGUACUGCUGUUAAUGUUCCUACUAGGCACUUUAAUGAAUCAGUCAACAAACAUUGUUUCUUUAACUUCUAUCUUGCAGUGUGCUAGAAACCAUUAGUGACUUACUGCAGAGGAACAGGUAUAUCGGGCAAAUAAAUCAAGAUGUAUGGGGUAAGUGAGAAGAGAGUCAAUCUGCCUGGAGUUGCAGGUCAACAAUGGUGGCCACUACAGGAUAAAGCCACUGAGAAUCAGGAGAGCUAGUUCAAGUUACAGGCCACAAGCUUCAUUAGGGUCCCAGGAGCAAGACACAGCUAGAAGAUCUGAGGUUGGGGAAUGUACUCUCAACAAUAUUUCCAAUGGCCAAAGAGGGUUCAAGGAGAGCUCAUUGGGGUAUUAAAAGAGUAACUGUUA